GGAGCCCACGGGGGCGUCGCGGAGCAUUGUGGGGUGGAGGCGGCUGCUCUUCUGUAAAGGCACAGCGAGGGAGCAAGGAAGCUUAGCUUGGGGUAGAGCCUCGCAACGCAGGGAAACCAUCCAAGUGAGACUAAUAGGAAUCUGUACGGUCAGCAGUUUCCCCGUCACCUGGUGAGAGAUGGGCCACAGUGAUCUGAUGAGUACCGCUGAAGACGUGGCGGACCAGUUCCUGCGGGUGACAAAGCAGUACCUGCCCCACCUGGCACGCCUGUGCCUGAUAAGCACCUUCCUGGAGGACGGCAUCCGAAUGUGGUUCCAGUGGUUCGAGCAGAGGGACUACAUCGAGGCCACCUGGAACUGUGGUUACUUCCUGGCCACGUGCUUCGUCCUGCUCAACUUAUUAGGACAGCUGGGUGGCUGUGUCCUUAUCCUCAGUAGAAAUUUUGUACAGUAUGCCUGCUUUGGUUUGUUUGGGAUUAUAGCUCUACAGACUAUCGCCUACAGCAUUUUGUGGGAUCUUAAGUUCUUAAUGAGGAACUUGGCCCUGGGUGGGGGGCUGCUGCUGCUGCUGGCAGAGUCUCGCUCGGAGGGGAAGAGCAUGUUCGCUGGGGUGCCCUCCAUGGGCGAGAGCUCCCCUAAGCAGUACAUGCAGCUGGGCGGCCGCGUGCUCCUGGUGCUCAUGUUCAUGACCCUCCUGCACUUUGACACCAGCUUCUUCUCUAUCCUACAGAACAUGGUCGGCACAGCUUUGAUCAUCCUUGUGGCCGUGGGCUUCAAGACCAAGCUGGCCGCCCUCACGCUGGUGGUGUGGCUCUUCGCCAUCAACGUCUACUUCAACGCCUUCUGGACAGUGCCAGCCUACAGACCCAUGCACGACUUCCUCAAGUAUGACUUCUUUCAGACCAUGUCAGUGAUCGGGGGCCUUCUGCUGGUGGUGGCACUGGGGCCUGGUGGCGUGUCGAUGGACGAAAAGAAGAAGGAGUGGUAAGAGCAGGACACAAGGGGCCCAGGCCCCACUGCGUCAAGCCGGCACCUCAACAGCUACAGCCUCUCCCGUUCGCUUGCUUUUUUUAUCCCCCUGACGGUUAUCCCAAAUGCACUUUUAUUUUUUUUUUUUUAAGUUUUAUUAGUUCAAGAUUUAGUUUAUACUGGAUUUUUUAAUGCCUAUAUUUAGGUUUGUUCUUUUGAUGCCCCAAGAAAAAAUGAUUUAUUAAAGUGGUUGUGCUAAGAAAUAA